AUGUCAAGAGAACAGGAACAAAACACUCCGAGCUUCAGUGAAAUCCGUCAACGUCUUCAAUCUGGAGAAGAUUUCGAUCUAGCACAUCGAUUACAAGAGAGAGAAUAUAAGAUGUACUACAAUCACAAUCGUAAUGUAAAUGGAACGAUAGUGAGUGAUCGAAAAAAGACAAGAGAGGAGCAGACGGCUGAAGAUGAACAUUCAGCUUCGUUAAGGAGAAUGGGACUGGCUCAAAGAUGCAUGACUGAUGAAGAAUAUGCCAGACAACUACAAGAAGAGAUGGACCGAAUGGAUGCAGCUGAACAAAUGGAUAAAGAUGCCCAAUUGAGAGAAGACGCUAGAUUAGCGUGGCUUCUACAACAGGAAUCUUCAAAUAGUAGUUCUUCUGGUCAAUCUGCAUCUCAAGUACCUCCAGAUUUGAUUUCAUUUGAUGAACAGACUAUCAUCUGGAAUGUACAAUGCGAAUCUGACAUGUAUGAUGAUUCAUCAGUUGUCAAAACUGAGGAGACAGAAGAGGUCAAACCUUGCGCCCUAAACGAAGUGUGGAUGGUCUGUUCAUCUUGCGAAGAAGAAUGUGGAAAACCACCUCAACCAUGUCCAAGAAUCUGUCAACCGGCACGUUGCCAAUGUCCAGCACACAAAGGAUUCCGAAGAAAUAGUAAAGGAGAGUGUGUAUUCUGUCAUGAUUCGGUUCCAAAACUAUAA